UUCAACCACAGAAGCGACUCGAAGGAAGCGAGUCGUUCAUUUUCGUCGCUUUUUGUUUUUGAAUGAUUUGUAUUUUUACCCCCUGAUGGCUGCCAGUUAAUGAGGGGCCAGAGAGCGCAUUUCUCCGGGUUUGUCAAAAAUAUGAAGCUGCGGCCGCUUUGUGAGCAGCAGGAAGAGAAAUAUCGCAUCGAGGAGGACGAGGUGGCUCUCGGGCUUUGACUCCUCGAGCAUCAUGCGGCGGGCGUCCCUAUUCCUGACCGCUCUGUGGCUUCUGUCUGAGCUUUCGGUCACCACCGUCCAGGCGGCGCCGUGCCAGACCUGCCAGAAACUAGCGGAGAGUUUCAUCAAGGGCUUGGAGAGAACAGCCAACAAGAACUUCGGGGGAGGCAACACAGCCUGGGAGGAAGACAAGUUGGCAAAGUAUGCACACAGUGAAACCCGUCUUCUGGAGAUCGUGGAGACCGCUUGCGACAAGUCCGACUUUGAAUGCAACCGGCUGCUGGAGCAGAUCGAAGACCAGGUGGAGACGUGGUGGUUCCACAGGCAACAGGAGGCGCCAGACCUGUUGGAGUGGCUUUGCAUCGACCAGCUGAGACUCUGCUGUCCCCCCGGACGCUUUGGACCCGACUGCAAAGAAUGUCCGUCGGGCCCCGGCGGCGUGUGCGGAGGUUUGGGCCGCUGCGAGGGCGAAGGGACUCGCCUGGGAGCCGGAGAAUGCGUUUGCGAUCCCGGCUACUCGGGCCCUCUGUGUCACGAGUGUGCGGACGGCUACUACAGAGACAAAAGUGGCAAUGGCAGCACUGGAACCUGUGCAGCCUGCUUCCACUCGUGUAAGAAAUGCGCGGGGCCGCAGGACUACAAAUGUCUGGACUGCAAAGCGGGCUGGAUGCUUCACGACAACAAGUGCGUGGACAUCGACGAGUGCGGAACGGAGCUCUCUCGUUGUCCGUCCAACACUUACUGUCACAACACGGAGGGCUCUUACGACUGCAGAGGCUGCGACCAGGCAUGUGUGGGCUGCAUGGGCAGCGGUCCCGCACGCUGUAAGAAAUGUGCGCGAGGCUACAAACUGAAAGGAGCCAAGUGUCUCGAUGUUGACGAAUGUAGCGAGCGUGCAAUCGCGUGCCCGGGACUCAACGAGGCCUGCAUCAACGAGGUGGGCUCCUUCCACUGCGACUGCGCCGACGGCUUCAUCAGACGAGACAGCAUCUGCGUGGAGAACAAGCCCCCCGCCGGCCCGGAGAAGGGACUGUUCGACGACAUGACGGACGACGAGGUUCUGGUUCUGCAGCAGAUGUUCUUCGGUGUGGUGAUCUGCGCCCUGGCGACGCUGGCCGCCAAAGGCGACAUGGUCUUCACGGCCAUUUUCAUCGGGGGCGUGGCCGCGAUGGCCGGCUACUGGCUGACGGAGAAGGGAGACUACAUGCUGGACGGAUUGCUCAAAAGCCGCUAGGCGCGCGCGACGGGUCGGCUUCUCGCGCCCGUUUGGUCGGGAAGCCACUAGAAAGGGCUUUGCUGAUGGUUUUUUUUUUCAUCGAUACGAGGAAGAAAUGUUAUUGAAGGUGAAAUGAAGGUACGCUACACGAAGCUAUUUGAAAGGAAAUGAAAUGAUUCCCUACCUCGACUUUGUUGGGCGCAAGAGCGGCGAUGCCACGUCCACUGGUGAUUGUUCAAAACCGCCUACUGUACCACAAGCCCCACUGGGAAAGUGGCGGCUGCCGCGCUAUCGUGUCCGCUCUCGUUCACGAUGCGCCGAAGCUCAUCACAACUCAAGGUGGAAUGCGUUUAUGCUUGACAUUAGUAAUGAUGCAUGCUACUGAAAUGGAAAAACACUUUUAUUGAUUUAUCUAUUUAUUUAUCAAUUUAUUUGUUUGUUGUCUUUGGCAUGAAAGACCGACGCAGGACGGCAUCGCUGCUACACCCGCUCGGACGGUGUAAAGAACUUUGCUGAGGUAAAGCCGCAAUUAUGAUGAUCCAAGACAUUUUUGCUUCCUUUUAUUUGUAGAGUAUGGAGCCACAGACGUUUAAAAAAAUUAUGGCCAGAAUAUAUCGUAAUUCCCGGCCUACAGAGCGCACCUGGUUAUAAGCCUCACCUAGCACAUUUGUAAAGGAAAUACCAAUUGGUACAUACAUAAGCCGCAGCUGUGUAAAAGCCGCAAGCGCCCACAUUGAAACCCAUAUUAAAACCCGAGAUAUUUACAAACAACGAUAGUACACAAAGAGUUUAACGCUAGCGCCGCCGUGCUAAUGCUAGCGCCACCAAGUUAAUGCUAGCGCCAUGCUAACAGGUCUGGUUAAGAAAAAAAAAACAUACUGGUGAAAUUCACUGAGACACGGCAGCAGCACGCUAGUGCAGCAUGAACAGGGCUGGACCGGUAAAAGUCACUUCCUUGGCACAGCGGAGGGUUUAACGCUAGCGCCGGGCUAAUGCUAAUGCUAGCAAGGUUGGUUAAAAAAAAAAACAUACCGGUAAAUAACACUGAGACCCCGCAGUAGCAUGCUAGUGCAGCGUUAACAGGGCGGGACCGGUAAAAGUCACUUCCUUGGCACAGCGGAGGGUUUAACGCUAACGCUAGCGCCGGGCUAAUGCUAGCAAGGUUGGUUAAAAAAAAAAAAAAAAAUACCGGUAAAUAACACUGAGACGCCGCAGUAGCAUGCUAGUGCAGCGUUAACAGGGCUGGACCGGUAAAAGUCACUUCCUUGGCACAGCGGAGGGUUUAACGCUAGCGCCGGGCUAAUGCUAAUGCUAGCAAGGUUGGUUAAAAAAAAAAAACAUACCGCUAAAUAACACUGAGACGCCGCAGUAGCAUGCUAGUGCAGCGUUAACAGGGCUGGACCGGUAAAAGUCACUUCCUUGGCACAGCGGAGGGUUUAACGCUAACGCUAGCGCCGGGCUAAUGCUAGCAAGGUUGGUUAAAAAAAAAAAAAACAUACCGGUAAAUAACACUGAGACGCCGCAGUAGCAUGCUAGUGCAGCGUUAACAGGGCUGGACCGGUAAAAGUCACUUCCUUGGCACAGCGGAGGGUUUAACGCUAACGCUAGCGCCGGGCUAAUGCUAGCAAGGUUGGUUAAAAAAAAAAAAAAACAUACCGGUAAAUAACACUGAGACGCCGCAGUAGCAUGCUAGUGCAGCGUUAACAGGGCUGGACCGGUAAAAGUCACUUCCUUGGCACAGCGGAGGGUUUAACGCUAGCGCCGGGCUAAUGCUAAUGCUAGCAGGGUCAGUUAAAAAAAAAAAAAAACGUGCCGGCAAAAAACACUGAGACACGGGAGUAACACACUGGUGCUUUGAUAACAGGGACCGGUGUGAUGGUCUGAGCGCUCCCGGUGCUGAAAGGUCUCCUUGUGAUUAAAACAUGCGAUUAUAUUUUGUAAACAUCCGGCCAGUCUGAAACAUCCCCAUCCGUGCUUCAACAUGUGCCGUUCGACAACUUGUCGCCGAGCGUUCAUGUUCGCUACGGACAUCUCAGAAAGACAAACACAGUGAAACAUACAUAUGCGUGUAUAUCUUUUUUUUUUUAUCAAAUUUUGUUUUAAUGUUAGGGUUAGGAUAUAACGUAUGCUCGAAGAAGGGGAACUAUGAGACCGGCGGAUUUCCCAGUAAGCGUCUGCUACGUACCCAGAGUUCCACUGUUAGUAAUGCAUGCGCAUUAAUCAAAAGGAGAGUUUUCUGCACGGGGGAGCGCUAGGCUGUCACACCGGACCGGUAAAAGUCACUUUCUCGGCACAUAUAUUCCACCGGUGUCACUCUUACCUUUUCCGCUCGAGUGCCCCCCUCGCGGCAGUUUCAGUGUGAAAAAUGCACCAAUUAGCCGCAUCCCUGCAUAAACCGCAGAGUUGAAAGCGUGUGGGGGGGAAAAAAGUCGCCGUUUAUAGGCCGGAAAUUACGGCAGUUGUAACGCGCGCACGAAAUAGAAGUGGAGGGCAUUGCGUAUUGCACUUUUGAGUGAAAGUGCGCCAUUUGCUUACCCUGAUGUCGACUUUGUUCAUGGGAAUGAUUUUAAGUUUUUAUUUCAUGUGAAUGUUCAAACCAUUUUGCAUUUAGUGCGGACCUAACAUCGUUGUGUGGCUGCUGUUUGGGGGGGGGGGGGGGAAUUACAGUAAAUAAAAAGUUCCCACUGGAGUUGACUGUGGCCCCGAGGUAAAGCAAUACAUAUUUACAAUCCACAUUUUUAUUGCAUUUUCUGUUGACAUAUCCUGUUGAUACUGUAUUUUCAAGUCCCGUUGACGUAACUUGUCUUGUCCGAGUGUGACGAAUUUGUGCAUGUUUCCAAAUGUUUUUAUUCCUGAGUUAAUUCUGUGCUCGAUUGUCAAUAGACAUGUUUUCCUUUUACGUAAACACACCCAAAAAUAAAAAAAAUUGGCUUUGUUGAUA